ACGUGCUGCAGGCGCUGGCGCAAGAGAGCGAGCGCCACCGCCGCCCGCCCCGCAGCCGUUUUGCCUGCCACCACUGCUGCCUCCAUCGCUGCCACUAGUGGUGCAGCUUCAGACAAGGCCGCUAAGGGAAAGCAGGGAGCUCGAGAGGAGUGGUGGCAGGAGGGGCGCCAAGCUCAGGGCUCGCACCUGGUUUUGAAGAUCAUGAUAACAUGGAUGCAUCUUACUAAAUGGUACCUGGAGACGUGGUGGUCCUUUAGAGAACAUAUCUAAAUUGUUGGACAAUUUCCUCAUUUAUUACUCAACACAGAACAUUGAUUUUCUCCAUCAGAGGAGCCCUCCUAAUUUCCCCAUCAUGCUAUCAUUAUCUGCUUGAUAUCCUUUCCUAAAAUGAUCCUUUUGUUAAUCCUGGCAUUUCUACUUUUGAAAGAAGAUGGCCGUGGGAGUGCACAAUCCAAUGAGAGGAGGGUGGUGGCUCACAUGCCAGGUGAUAUCAUUAUUGGAGCCCUCUUUUCUGUCCAUCACCAGCCCACAGUGGACAAAGUUCAUGAAAGGAAGUGUGGGGCAGUCCGUGAACAGUAUGGCAUUCAGAGAGUGGAGGCCAUGCUGCAUACUCUUGAAAGAAUCAACUCAGACCCCAAUCUCUUGCCUAACAUCACACUGGGCUGUGAGAUAAGGGAUUCCUGCUGGCAUUCAGCUGUGGCCCUAGAGCAGAGCAUUGAGUUCAUAAGGGAUUCUCUCAUUUCUUCAGAAGAGGAAGAAGGCUUGGUGCGCUGUGUGGAUGGCUCUUCUUCCUUCCGCUCUAAGAAGCCCAUAGUAGGGGUCAUUGGGCCUGGCUCCAGUUCUGUGGCCAUUCAGGUCCAGAACCUGCUCCAACUUUUCAACAUACCUCAGAUUGCUUACUCGGCAACAAGCAUGGAUCUGAGUGACAAGACCUUGUUCAAGUACUUCAUGAGAGUUGUGCCAUCAGAUGCGCAGCAGGCACGGGCUAUGGUGGACAUAGUGAAGAGGUACAACUGGACAUAUGUAUCAGCUGUGCACACGGAAGGCAACUAUGGAGAAAGUGGAAUGGAGGCAUUCAAAGACAUGUCAGCCAAGGAAGGAAUUUGCAUUGCACACUCCUACAAAAUCUACAGCAAUGCAGGAGAGCAGAGCUUUGACAAACUGCUGAAGAAACUCAGGAGCCACUUGCCCAAAGCCCGGGUGGUGGCGUGCUUCUGUGAAGGCAUGACAGUGAGGGGUCUACUGAUGGCAAUGAGGCGCUUGGGCCUAGCUGGAGAAUUUCUGCUGUUGGGAAGUGAUGGCUGGGCUGACAGGUAUGAUGUGACAGAUGGAUAUCAGCGAGAAGCUGUGGGUGGAAUCACCAUCAAGCUCCAAUCACCUGAUGUCAAGUGGUUUGAUGAUUACUAUCUGAAGCUCAGGCCAGAAACAAACCUCCGAAAUCCUUGGUUUCAAGAAUUUUGGCAACAUCGUUUUCAAUGCCGACUAGAAGGGUUUGCACAGGAGAACAGCAAAUACAACAAGACUUGCAACAGUUCUUUGACCCUGAGAACACAUCAUGUUCAAGAUUCCAAAAUGGGAUUUGUGAUCAAUGCAAUCUACUCUAUGGCCUAUGGACUUCACAAUAUGCAGAUGUCCCUUUGCCCAGGCUAUGCGGGCCUCUGUGAUGCAAUGAAACCAAUUGAUGGGAGGAAACUUUUGGACUCCCUGAUGAAAACCAAUUUUACUGGUGUUUCUGGAGAUAUGAUCCUAUUUGAUGAGAAUGGAGACUCACCAGGAAGGUAUGAAAUAAUGAAUUUCAAGGAAAUGGGAAAGGAUUAUUUUGAUUACAUCAAUGUUGGAAGCUGGGACAAUGGAGAAUUAAAAAUGGAUGAUGAUGAAGUGUGGUCCAAGAAAAGUACCAUCAUCAGAUCUGUGUGCAGUGAGCCAUGUGAAAAAGGCCAGAUAAAGGUGAUUCGGAAGGGAGAAGUCAGCUGUUGCUGGACCUGUACACCUUGCAAAGAGAAUGAGUAUGUCUUUGAUGAAUAUACCUGCAAAGCAUGCCAGCUGGGAUCCUGGCCCACUGAUGACCUUACAGGUUGUGAUUUGAUUCCUGUGCAGUAUCUUCGCUGGGGUGACCCUGAGCCCAUUGCAGCUGUGGUGUUUGCCUGCCUUGGCCUGCUGGCUACCCUGUUUGUUACUGCUGUCUUCAUCAUUUACCGUGAUACACCAGUAGUCAAGUCCUCCAGCAGGGAACUCUGCUACAUUAUCCUUGCCGGCAUCUGCCUGGGAUAUCUAUGUACCUUCUGCCUCAUUGCAAAGCCCAAACAGAUUUAUUGCUACCUUCAGAGAAUUGGCAUUGGUCUCUCCCCAGCCAUGAGCUACUCGGCCCUUGUAACUAAGACCAACCGUAUUGCAAGGAUUCUAGCUGGCAGCAAGAAGAAGAUCUGUACCAAAAAGCCCAGAUUCAUGAGUGCCUGUGCCCAACUGGUGAUUGCUUUCAUUCUCAUAUGCAUCCAGCUGGGCAUAAUCGUUGCUCUCUUUAUAAUGGAGCCUCCUGACAUAAUGCACGACUACCCAAGCAUCCGGGAAGUCUAUCUGAUUUGUAAUACUACCAACCUAGGAGUUGUCACUCCUCUGGGAUACAAUGGAUUGUUAAUCUUAAGCUGCACCUUCUAUGCGUUCAAGACCAGAAAUGUUCCAGCUAAUUUCAACGAGGCCAAGUAUAUUGCCUUCACCAUGUACACCACCUGCAUUAUAUGGCUGGCCUUUGUGCCAAUCUACUUUGGCAGCAACUACAAAAUCAUCACUAUGUGUUUUUCAGUCAGUCUGAGUGCCACAGUGGCGCUGGGCUGCAUGUUUGUGCCGAAGGUAUACAUCAUCCUGGCCAAACCAGAGAGAAACGUGCGCAGCGCCUUCACCACGUCUACCGUGGUGCGCAUGCAUGUGGGGGAUGGCAAGUCAUCCUCGGCAGCCAGCAGAUCCAGCAGCCUAGUCAACCUCUGGAAGAGGAGGGGCUCCUCUGGGGAAACCUUAAGGUACAAAGACAGGAGACUGGCCCAGCACAAGUCGGAAAUAGAGUGUUUCACCCCCAAAGGGAGUAUGGGGAAUGGUGGGAGAGCAACAAUGAGCAGCUCCAAUGGAAAAUCAGUCACCUGGGCCCAGAAUGAGAAGAGCACCCGGGGGCAGCACCUGUGGCAGCGUCUGUCUAUUCACAUCAAUAAGAAAGAGAACCCCAAUCAAACGGCCAUCAUCAAGCCCUUCCCCAAGAGCACAGAGAUCCGGAGCCUGGGCACCAGCAGCAGCUCGCCAGGGGCUGCGAGCGCAGGUGGUGCAGGCUGCUCCAGCACCGCGCCCAGCGCGCCGGAGCCUCCAGACGCGGGCCCCAAGGCGCUGUAUGAAGUGGCCGAGGCUGAGGAGCACUUCCAGGCCCCCACGCGGCCGCGCUCGCCCUCACCCAUCAGUACGCUGAGCCACCGCGCAGGCUCGGCCAGCCGCACCGACGACGACGUGCCCUCGCUGCACUCAGAGCCCGCAGCGCGCAGCAGCUCCUCGCAGGGAUCGCUCAUGGAGCAGAUCAGCAGCGUGGUGACCCGCUUCACAGCCAACAUCAGCGAGCUCAACUCUAUGAUGCUGUCCACCUCGGCGCCCAGCCCUGGCGUGGGCACCGCGCUCUGCUCCACCUACCUGAUCCCCAAAGAGAUCCAGCUGCCCACAACCAUGACCACGUUCGCCGAAAUUCAGCCUCUGCCAGCCAUGGAGGCCACAGGCGGUGCGCAGCCGGUGGUGGGGGCUCCACAGGCCGGGGGCCCUGCCCGGGAGACCCCAGUGGCGGGGCCCGAGGUGGCUGCUGCUGCUGCUGCUGCUGCUGGCAAGCCAGACUUGGAGGAGUUGGUGGCUCUCACCCCGCCAUCCCCAUUCAGAGACUCAGUGGACUCAGGGAGUACCACUCCCAACUCGCCAGUGUCAGAGUCGGCCCUGUGUAUCCCGUCAUCUCCCAAAUAUGACACACUUAUCGUGAGAGAUUACACUCAGAGCUCCUCAUCGUUGUGA